GUUGCACUUAGAAGAGCAGAACUAAAACAAAUACCACAAACGAGCAGGAACCACCACCUGACAUCAGAGACAACUUUGUCUAAUGUGUAUAAUAAUGUUGUGUUUGUUUUGGUUUCAGUUUUUCCAGAUUUGCUCAGAAUUAUCCCUGCAAGUAUCCACGUUAGUGUCAUUCUGUUCUGUGCAGUGCUGAUUGUCUUUGCCCUGGUGGGAGCAGGGUUCUUCAUGUUCAACGCUUUUGGCAGCCCCUACGAGACCCUGCACGGCCCCGUGGGGCUGUACCUCUGGAGCUUCAUCUGCUGUUCCUGUGGUUGCCUCAUCAUGAUUCUGUUCUCCUCAGAGGUGAAGAUCCACCACCUUUCAGAGAAAAUUGCUAAUUUCAAAGAGGGAACUUUUACCUUCAAGACUCACAGUGAACAGUUUGCGAAUUCUUUCUGGACCAUCCUGGUUUGCUCCCUGGUGCACUUCCUCAAUGCCCUGCUAAUCAGAUUUGCUGGAUUUGACUUUCCCUUUUCAAAACCAAAAGACUCAGGGACAAUCACAGGAGCAGCUGACCUGAUGUAUUAAAAUGAUGGGAUUUAAGGACAUUUCAAGUAAAGAAGUUUGUCACUAUUGCAUCAACAAUGACCAGAUGUACCAACUUGUGAAUUAUUAGCUCUAGAGAAGGGGAAAAAAAGGGAAGUUUCAAAUAAGUGUCAAUGUGGUGUAAGCAGUGAACAAAAGAAAACGUGCUGUGUGGUAAUGUCUGGAUGGAAAAACCUUCUUUCUUGGGGUAAGAUCUUAUUAUGACAUCUUUUCCUUUAAACUGUUUAAAAAGUGGCUAUGAAGAGAAAAUAGGAAUCCCAGUAGUGUUCCAGUGAGUCUGGACAGUCCAAUCAAUGAGUUGCAGCAGCAGCAGCUAUCCUAACCCUUAGCCCUGGUGAAGGCAGGGAUGCAGCUCGUGUCAGAGCCCAAGGACACCCAGAGAGGGAGAGGACAGGGCCCAGGCUCUGCCCCAACCCUCCCCAGCCUCCAGCUCAGGUGUGCAGAGCUCAGAGGGCACACCCAAACACACACACUUUGGUCUGGCUUCACACACAUGGCAAGAGCAUCAUUUCUCUCCGUGAAACUCUCUGGGGUUUUUCCUCUAAACAAACCAAACCCAAAGCCCUGGGAGCCCUCGUUUCCCAGCAGUUGCUGCAGCUUGGACACAAAGCUGACACAGCACGGAUGCAGGGCUGAUGCCACGUGCUCCUGCUCACCUGAGGGAGGCAGCCAGGCU